AUGUCAGAAAGGCAUAACGUUAAUACCUGGUUGAUCACAGGCGCCUCGUCCGGCAUCGGCCGAUCCCUCGCCUUGGAAGCGUUGAAAGCCGGGUUCAAGGUCAUCGGCACAACCCGCAACAUCACCCAAGCCGAAACUAAUUGUCCUGAAUUCGCAUCUCGAGGAGGGACCUGGUUGGAAUUAGACCCUGCGCUGCCCGAUGCCUACCACCAGGUUGUCAAAGUCUCUCAAGAGGAGAACAUCAAUGUGCUAGUCAACAACGCAGGAUACGCCUUCAUUAGCAGUGUGGAAGAUGCCAGCGAGGAGGAAGUCCGUGCCCAGAUGGAAGUUAACUUCUACGGGCCCCUUCGUACCGUUCAAGCCUGUCUGCCUGCGAUGCGCGCGCGAGGGUCCGGCCAGAUCAUCCUCAUCAGCAGCGGUGCUGGGUUCAUCGCUCGUCCUGCACGGGGCAUCUACUCCGCCAGUAAAUUCGCGGUCGAAGCUGUACACGAGUCUCUGACUCAGGAGGUCAGAUCCUUUGGGAUCAAGGUUCUGAUUGUAGAGCCAGGUGCAUUCCGAACGCCUUUUGCGAGUCGGAUCGUCACGCCUGCGCGACUCAGUGAGGGGUUCAGUCAAGGUUAUAGGGGAACCGUGGUGGAGCAGAUGAUCAACGGUAGUCAGGCCAUGAAGUCUCUUCCGGACUAUGUCAAGGGUGACCCGGCUAGAGCUGCACGGGCUAUCAUCCAAGCUGUCACCAGUGACCAUAAUUAUCUUCGUCUACCCCUGGGAACAGAUUGCGUCGCGGCGUUGGAGUCGAAAAUUGGAAACCUACAGCAUGAUCUGGAGGCGACGAGGGCUAAUGCUGUAAGCACGGAUGUUGAUUGA